UUCUGAGCGCACCCUAAUACAAAUGUCAAAUAUAACAGCUGAUUUGCAAAUGUCAUCGUAAAAGAAACCUGACAAAGUGAAAAAGCAAAAAUAGCUGUGAAAUAAUUUUGAAGUCGAAAAACUUAAAAAGCCUGUAAGAACAUUCUUUUUUCCAUUAAAGAAUGUCUGUUCUGCGACAAUGUGGUGCUGCUGUUGGCAGACACCUAAUCGGUGCAAGUCGUCUGGCUCCAGGAACAACGACGACAUUCUUGCACAACAACAACCAACAAUCAAUUGUAUCUUACAUUGAUCGUCCCAAUACAAGAGGACACAAAAAAUUCGGUCACGAAAAAGAAAUCACUCCUUCAUUGACCAAGUAUUUUCAUUUGAUUAUUGGAACGCUAUUUGUUAUUUGCGUCACUGAUUUUACAAAAGUAAAGAAAUGGUUUAUGCCUAAAGUUGAUGCUGAUGCUGGCCAAAAAGAUCCACAAAAGGAUCGCCAAGAAAAACUUGGUCAAGGAACAAAAGAUGACGAAAGCGACUCAGAAGAGUCCGAAGACGAAAAUCAAUUAGAUGCUGGAGGAAAGAAAAAAUCCAAAAAGGAAAAAGUCGGUUUUCGUGACCGAAAGAUAAUGGAAUAUGAAAACCGAAUUCGUCAAUUUUCAACACCAGAUAAGAUUUUUCGAUAUUUUGCGACUGUAAGGCUGCCAAUGAAUGGCGGUGGAACUGAAAUAUUUAUGACUCCUGAUGAUUUUUUGAGAGCCAUUUAUCCGGGGCUGAAACAACCAGAUGGCCUUGGCUUGGAUCAAUACCGUCGCUAUGACCCUAAGUCGGUUACAGAACGUUUGGACUUGAAUCUUGAAAAAGACAGUAUUUUCUUCAAGCUGGGAUCUUUUGGUUUGAUAACAUUUUCGGACUAUAUAUUUCUUUUAACUGUUUUGUCAACUUCCAGGCGCCAUUUUGAGAUAGCUUUCAGGAUGUUUGAUUUAAAUGGUGACGGUGAUGUGGACUCUGAGGAAUUUGAAAAAGUGGCUACACUAGUACGUCAGCAGACUAGUAUUGGAAACAGACAUCGAGAUCAUGCUCACACUGGAAGUACAUUCAAGGGUGUCAAUUCAGCUUUGACUACAUAUUUCUUUGGACCGAAUAUGGAUAAAAAACUGACAAUUGAAAAGUUCUUGGACUUUCAAAGACAACUACAGCGAGAAAUGCUGUCAUUGGAAUUUGAAAGGAAGAAUCCUGACGAGAAUGGGAUGAUAAGUGAAGCGGAUUUCGCCGAGUUGAUGAUAGCUUAUGCUGGAUAUUCCCAGAAAAAGAAACAAAAGAAGGUAAAGAGGGUGAAACGCCGAUUCCGUGAGCAUGGUAAGGGUAUAUCCAAGUCGGAUUAUUUGGAUUUCUUUCAUUUUCUAAAUAAUAUCAACGACGUGGAUACUGCAUUGACAUUUUAUCACAUUGCUGGGGCAUCGAUUGAUCAAGCAACUUUGAAACAUGUUGCCAAGACUGUUGCUAUGGUGAAUCUAUCUGAUCAUGUUAUUGAUGUUGUUUUUACAAUUUUUGAUGAAAAUAUGGACGGACAAUUGAGUAACAAAGAAUUUGUGUCAGUAAUGAAAAAUCGUAUCUUAAGAGGAUUGGAGAAACCUAAAGAUACUGGAUUUGUGAAACUAAUGCAUUCGAUUUUAAAAUGUGCCAAUGAAUCUAAACCGGUUCUUCUUGAUAUUUAAGUGUAGUACGGUCUAGCCUUAAAAAUUAUUAAAUAUUUCUAAACUUCUUGUGUAAUUUUUUUUCUUAUUUAUUAUAAAUAAAAAUCAUAAAUCUUUAAACAUAAAA